AUAAAAAUCCAUCUUCAUCAAUCACUGGCACAAUUCCAAAAGACUUCCUUAGCAGAACAUUUGUAACUUCUAAAGAUACAGGAAAAGGCUGCAAUGAACAAAAUCAACUUUCAGAUUCUGAAAAUAAGAAGUCUUUGCUGUAUGAAAGUAAAGUUCCUAAUUAUUCAAGGAUACAUACAGUGAAUGAUUCAAAUGAAGAACCAGAAGUGUGUUUUCUUUCAAAAAUAAGUAAUGAAAAUAAUAAAAGUAAUGGACUUCAAAUGAAUGAUGCUUCUACUAAAUAUAAGAGAAUUAGAUAUUCAGGUUUAAAUGGAAGAACAAAGUUUUUAACUGCUCAAGAGAGUAUUCGACUUCAUGAAAAAGAACAAUACAAAUUAUUAUUACAGCAGCAUACGUCGGAAUCAUUGUUUAAUUCGUCGAAAGUGAUAAAUAAUAUGAAAGAUGCACAAGUUCAAAGUGACUUAAGUUAUGGCAAACCACAACAGAAAGCAAAUAAACAGAUGUCAUUCAAAUUUUCAUCACCUGUGAGAAGAGAGAAAUUAAGCAAAGAAUCAACUUAUGAUUUAAUAGAAUUAUUACAUUCAAUUCAUAAUGUUCAACAUUCAAGUGUAAAGAAAACAUCCACAUCAAAAGAGUAUCUUCCAAUAUUGAAAUUUGGAAAUGACACUAGUACUUUGAACAAAUAUUCUUUAAUGAAAGCAAACAGAGAGAAACCUUCACCUAUUAAAAAUGAUGAUGAUGAUAGUGUGAUCAUAACAAAGGUAGAGGUUAUAAAACCACCACUCUCUAAAAUCCAAUUCCCAGCAAGGCAAAAAGAGAACCAUUUUUUUAAUGGAAAUUGGCUGAAAGAACUUAGACAGUCAAUAGAAAGGCGAGAUGAAGAAGAGAAGAAGAAGAUAAGAUAUCAAGAAGAAUUAACGCGAUCAAUUCGAGAGAAGAGGGAAGCAAAGUAUGCAAUUGCAGAGGAAAAGAUGAAGGAAAUUUUUAAGAGGAAAGGAACAGCAGUUUUAGAAGAAAAACCUCUUGAAGAUGAAGAUCAGUUAGAUGGUUUUCCAGAAUUAACAUCUGAAAUGGAUGUGGAAGUUGAUGAUGCUUUAAGGCCAAAUCCUCCGGAUGAAGUCUUAGCUGAAGGUUUUCGUCUGUCCGUUGCACGCAGAGAUAUGGAGACACUUGCGGGACUUAAUUGGCUUAAUGAUGAAAUAAUUAAUUUCUACAUGAAUUUGCUUAUGGAAAGAAGCAAAUUGGAUAAUUUUCCAACUGUAUAUGCCUUUAAUACAUUCUUCUAUACCAAAUUGUUAAACAGUGGUCACAGUGCAUUGAAAAGAUGGACGAGAAAAGUUGACAUUUUUGAAUAUGACAUGUUGCUUAUUCCCGUUCAUAUGGGAAUGCACUGGUGUUUAGCUGUUAUUGACUUCCGACAUAAAAAAAUUCAGUAUUAUGAUUCUAUGGGAGGGCAAAAUGACGAGUGUUUAAAUGCACUAAGAACAUAUUUACAAGAUGAGAGAAUGGAUAAAAAGAAAGAAGAAUUCGAUAUGAGUGGAUGGGCACUAGAAACAGUAAAAAAUAUACCUCAUCAAAUGAAUGGAAGUGAUUGUGGAAUGUUUGCAUUGAAAUAUGCGGAGUAUAUAACGAGAGAUGCAAAAAUUAAUUUCACACAGGGUCAUAUGCCUUAUUUUCGCCGGCGAAUGGUUUACGAAAUUUUGAAGAAACAGUUAUUGUGAUGAACGUCAAAUCUACGACGGUCCAUACAUGAAAUUAUUAUUUUGCCACUUGCAAAAUAAAAAUAUAACCCCACCUCCACGAGGUUCCAGAUUUUUAUAUUUACAUAAUCAUUACUUAGGAGAAUUUUACUAGUAUGAUGUGAAGUUAUCAUUAUGUGCGAAUGAACAUCCGAGAAUUCAUUUACAUUGUAAAACCAUAAUUUAAAUUAAAUGCCAUUCAUACAAGAAAUGUCAUAAAAGUUGCAUGGAAAAAAAACUCGUAAUUUCAUAACUGUAAUUAUGGUAAAUCUUCAUUUCCUUAACUUUUCUUUUUAAUUUCCUGGCAUAGAAUUUAUAAUUUGCGAUAUUCAAUUAAUGAUUACCAUCUUAUAAAGAGGUAAAUGGAUAUAAUGAUUUAACUGAACGAAAUUUAGUAUUUUAAAAAAGAAAAUUGCAUUGUUUUGAAUUACGAUCUGUUAAAAAUGCCUUUUUUUCCCAUACAGUUUUAAAAUGAAACAUUGUAAAUUGAAUUGUUAUUUUCUUCAUUUUGAAAAGUCUAUUAUUGUACAUA